UAUUUCAGUUACGAACGUCAGUCGAUUGAAGAAGCUUGAUAAAAAAAAAUAACGGAUAAAAAAAAUUGUAAUUUAAAACGGUUAGUUAGAAAAAAGGUACAAUAGAGGGGGAUAGGGAAUACCAAUCAAGAGAGUGUGUAAUUCAAGACAGAAACUCGUUGAACGACGUAUGUAAUCGACGAGACAUCGAAACAACAAGCGUAAAUCUCUAUGGCAACCUCGAUAACGGAAAGGAAGGAAACAAGUAGGAAGAAGGAAAAAGAGAAAGAGAGAGUGAGAGAGAGAGAGAGAGAGAAAUAGAGAAAGAGAUAGAUAGAUAGAUAGAGAGAGAGAGAGAGAGAGAGUUUCGUUGGUGUGGUCGGCUUUUCGUGGUUAUUGCCAGACCGAUAUUUGUUCGGUCCCCUUGAAAUCCCCAAAAAUGAGUGUCCUACCAUUGCCAAAGGUCGAAUGUGGUCCACCUAGACGUCAAAAGUAUCCACAAGACAUUAUUGGGACCGCCAACAUUACCUACGGCCACAGAUUACGCGAUCGUGGAGAGUGUAAAAUCGUGAAGGAACGAGAGUCGAUUUUCGACAAGUUGAAAGAGGCAGAGUCUAAAGAGAGAAGGUAUUACGAAAAUGUCGUAAAAUGUUGGGAAUUUGAGAAGGAAACUGACAGGAAAAGAAGAAUAAAGGCUGUUAGAAAUCGAAUCGAACAAGGAAUGGCGACAUACGAGGAAAGCGUGAACGUACGUAGAGAGAAGUUACGGGAUCUGAUAUCGAGAGAGCAGAGAGAGUUGACGCGGGAAAUUGUCGAGCAAGCUCAACACGGCGAGGAUACGAGGAUGGAGGAAAUGAAGGAGGAAACGGAACGACUGAGGAAGCAACAAGAGGAACACCGUUUGGCAUUGCUAGCAUCUAAACGAAUGCAACAGUACAUUGCACGCUGUCCCGAGGUGAGGAACGAGUUAACGAAGAGAAGCACGAAAGAGGUGAAGAUAUGUAACUUAGUUCAAAUGGCCGAGAACAAGGCAAAGAGAGAGCUCGAGGAUGAAUUGGAGAGGCUUUGGCACGAGUUGAUGUUGAGAGAGGUAAAGGCAAAAGAGGAUAGAGAGGUCGAGGAAGCGAAAAAGCGUUUACAUCUGAAAAGGGAAUCUUUGAGGACUUUGGCCAAACAGUUGGCCGGUAAGUUGGCCUCGGAGGAAGAAGUGAAACGAGUUAAGAAAGAGGAAAGGGAAUAUCUCGAAGGAUUGUGGGAAAACGUUAGAAAAGAGGAGAGAAUGAAAUUGGAUGCUGAAAAGAAAAAGCGAGAAACAUUGAGAAUGGAAUUAGAGGAACAGGCGACGAGAGCUAAGAGAAUUUUGGUUGAACGUGCGAGAGAGGAGAUUAAAAUCGAUGAGGCCUUGAACGAUCUUGCGAAGGAAGAAUUGGAGAAAGAGAAGGCCGCCAUCAAGGAAACUUCGGCGGUAUUGCGUCGAGAACUUCUCGCUUACUUGAAGUAUCUCGAAGAGUUGCGCGAGGAGGAAGCCAGGAGAAAUUUAGAAGUGGACAGGAUAGUAGAAGAAUCGAUGAAGGACGCUCAGACGAGAAGAGAUCUUGCGGUUAAGAGAUUCAAGGAGAUGCAAGAACGAAAUCUACGCGAGGUCCUUCUUUGUAGGGAGGAACAAUUGAGGAGAAAGAGGGAGAUGGACGAGAGGAAUAAACGAUUGCUCGAGGAAGAGAAAAUCAUUAUGGAGAAAGAGAUCGAGACUAAUGCGAGAUUGUGCGCGAUUGCUAAAGAGGAAGAGAAAAGGAAGAUGAUAUCUUAUGGGAAGGAAUUGACGGAGCAAAGGAAAUACGUCGAGGUUAUGCGCGCUAGGGAACGCGAGGAGGACGAGAGGAUCUAUCAGGAAGGGCUUAAGAGGGAGAACGAAUAUCGAAAGUUAACCGAGGAGCUGUUGAACGCCUCGGAAAACGUCACGCCGCAUCCGUUCAAGUUACUCCUAAGAGAAUACGACGCUCGUCUCGCUGCCGAGAAACAAGGCCUCUGUUAUUGCCCUCCUCCUUUACCACCCAUCUUACCACCAAUGCAAACCACCGAACCAUCGACAAAGUAAUUUUUCUAAUGACUCUCAAAGCGUCCUCCCUCUUUUCCCUUUCGUGCUUUGCACUUUUACGAUGAUACUAUCGUUGUUUCCUUUCUCCACCCAACCACCUCUACUUCUCCCGUCCUCCCAUCCCCGCACGCUGCCGCCGCCCUCUUUGCCAUUUGCCACGAUGCAACCAACGAAUUACGCGAUAAAGCGAUGUAAUUUUAGUCUUUUAUUACACCCCUGUCUCUCUUUGUCCCUUUCUUUCGACUCUCUAGGAACAUUCUUUUAUACCGCGAAAGGAGUUCCUUCUAACGAGGGAUAAUACGUCUACCUGAUCGCGUCACUGGAAUUCCUAUUUUGCCAGACCAAUGGAAUUCCUCGUUCUCUCUUUACAUUUGUUUAUUUUUUCUUUUU